CAUAGCUAGCACCCACCGCGACUGGAGGGUCAGCUCCUCUAACAGGUCUCCUCCCUGUCUUGUUCCCAAAUACAGGAGCUUAAUCCUACAGAUAUGUCUGAAAAACAGGAGCCUCAGAAGUCUGACGCAGAGUGCAGUGCAGUGGAAUUUCAAGAGUUUGAAGAUGAAGAACGCUGGCUUUUCAAAGUUUUGGGAAUCAAGCCCAGGCCUUCCUCAGCAGUGGGCACUAACACCGAUAAGAAAGAAGAGGAAUCACUAGGUCAUGCUGAAUUUCUUCGCCUGCAAGAUAUUCUCCAAGAGAACAAAGUCAGCAUCACUGCUGAGAACAACACUUACCAACCUGGAUAUGUUGAAGAUGAUAAUGAGACCAACCACAGUGACAGUGAUGUUGACGAUAAUGUGAAUGUGAUCAUUGGGAAGAUUAACACCAACCCCUCCAAGUAUAUGGAGAUGCUCACUAAUCUCAACUUGAAAGCUGACCGUAACCUGGAAGCGUCUUCAUCAGAUAACACCUUGAACCCAGCUGAUUAAACAAGGAUCAAAAGCAUGUUACCAUCACCUUCAUGCAUAAAUGAAGUUGCAAUGGAAAAAAAAUGUUCUUAAAGACAAUGGCAUCAUCUCUACCUAGCCACCUGAAACCAAAUCUUUACCAACUGCCAAAACAAGUGGAAAGUACUUAAUUUGAGACGUGGUGCAAAGUAGGGAAGACAUUGAGUCUUCAGUCGUUUGGAAAUUGGAAGUCCUUGUUCAACGUGAAAAAUCACCACAAAACAAUCCAAAACCAUCAACAU